UUGGCGAAGUUAACUCUUUUUGAUGUUUUUGGGGAUCUUGAGGAUCCGGGUUCUCAACUGUCCACCGUCGGAAUCGAGGGCUGCCGGCGGGAAAACACCGUGAAGAACGUCGGCUGCCGAAAGUACGCCUUCAACUCGCUGCAGCUCAAGGCCUUCCCCCGACACUACCGCCCCCCCGAAGGCACCUACGGCAAAGUGGAGACCUGA